AUGGAGGAUGUUCAAACAAGCUUUGACAAAAUUCUUACGUUAAUAGCAAAGGAAGCAGAUCCACUGGUGAUUGAAGAAGAAGAUGAUGGUGUAGCUCAAGAUAUCUUAGAGAAAGAUUGCAAUUAUGCGCCAGAGCAACAGAAAAGGGCUACAGAUCAUCCAUAUGGAAGAUUCCUUACCCCAAGAGGCUAUGGUCAUGCCUAA